GUUUUUCUUUCUUCUCUGCGCGCAGGUAGCAGGAUGAAUGCCAACGCCUUGUUCGCGAAGAGGAAGGGCAAGACCCAGCAAAAGGAGAGGGGGCCCUCGGGCCAGAAGCCAGUUGACGCGCUUUUCCCGAAGGUCAUAGAGCCUUCCGCCGGGGACGCCCAUGCUGCUGUGGGGACUGGGGGGUCGAAGGCCGAGGCGGCCGCUAAGAAGAAGAGGAGCGACAAGGGGGUGGAGCCCCCCACCAAGAAGCAGAAAGGCGCCGGGGGUGCUGUCGGGGGGGCGGCCCCCCUCAUAGUUAUUGAUGACAUGCCCGAUGUUGAUGGGCCUCUGGCCUCGGUCCCCCCGAAGGAUCCGGUGAAUCCCCCCCGGGCGGAAUCACCCCGGGAGAUCCGUCAGCUCUCCUUUGCCCCCGGCGCUUCGUUGAUGCACGGCACUGCCGAGCCGAAGGCCUUCCUGCGGGGCAUCACCUCGAAGAUGGACAGGGAAGUCUUCGAGACCUACGAUGACGAUGCCCUCGAGAACAGGAUCCUCCGGUCCUCGCUCACUGCCUGCAUAGCCCUCGGGGAACAGGCCCGGAGGCGCGAGGAAAGGCGUCUUCACGAGGCUGCCCAGGAUAAGAAGGUGGAGGGGCUGAUCCGCAAGAACUCCGAGGCGGUGAAGCAUGCUGCCCCGCUGGAGGAGGCCCUUCGGGAGGCGAAGGCGGCGGCGGAGAAGGCCAAGGCUGAUGGCAUAGCCGAAGGCAAGGCAGAGGCCGAGAGGGCUGCUGCCGAGGCGGCGAAGAAAGCCGCCGAUGAAGCCCAAACUGCUAAGGAGAGAGCUGCGGCCGAGGCCCGAGGGGAGGCAGUUGCGGAGUUCCUUGCUGAGGGCUGGAGGGCCGAGGGCCACAAGGAGUGGGUUGCCUCCGUGGUGGCAGCCUCGGUGGACGCUUGGGUAGAAGGCCCCGAGGUUGACUGGCUGACUGACAGGGGGGACGCCUACUACCAGGGAGGUGAGUUCUUUACCCAGCACCUGAUCUACCGGAGGCUUGCCAGGCACUUUGGCGUGUCCCUCGAGCAAUUCGACCCCUCGGCAUAUGGCCUCCCUCCGUUGCAACCAGAUGUCAGAGUUCCCCUUCCCCCGGGUGAAGAGCGGCCGACAAUCUAUGAUUCUGUAAUGAUGGGGGGUGACGGGGGUGGAGCCGUCGGGGGUGAUGCUGCCGGAGAAGAAGUCUCCUCCAAGGUUGUCGUGGAAGAUGCCCCCGGAGACCAUGAGGUUGAAGCCGCCGAGAAGAGUAGUACUUAGUCACUUUUUUGAAAAAGCUUUGUAAUGAACAUUUGUCACCCUUCAGCUUUGGCCAUACUCUGUAACAAACACACUUGAAUCCCUUUCUUUUGUUGAAUGAAUGAUUGCCUUCGGGCCUUGUACA